UCAGUGAUGGGUCGUCCUAACCAACUUCGCUUCUUCGCCACGCAGUUUUUGGUGCUGUCAUGGAUCCUGAUGCUGACACCGAGCUUUGAACAGCCUGUCUGGAUUACGCAACAAGCCGACGCUAAUCACAUGUUAGCGAACACACCGCCCUACCAUGACGAGCUGCGCCGGACCUGUCCGUACAGAGCAUCGGAGAGCACAUCAUGGGCUGCGCCAUCACAUCGGUCACUGCGGUGUCAUCCGCUGACUCCCUGCCUUCCGGGCACGCUAUCUUUGACUGACAGCGCCACCUUCCCUCGGAUCGCCGAUAUAAAGCCUAGACAAACGAUCGCCACGCUUAGUGGGCUUGGCGGCACGUCAGUGAUGGGUCGUCCUAACCAACUUCGCUUCUUCGCCACGCAGCAAUCACUUGACACAGGUACAGUUCCAAGAGACUGGAAAAUAGGGAAGGUCAUUCCAGUCUUCAAGAAAGGUGAUCGGUCUUCCCUAGGUAACUACCGUUCCAUCUCCCUCACCAGCGGCGUGCACACGGAUUACGUCUGCGUCACCAAGCAGCAGCUGAUAAAGACGACGCUGCGAUGA